AUGGCUACAACUCGACAUUAGAAGCGUACAAAGACCUAUACUUAUGUGAGAAACGUAGAUGAAAAUUAAAGAAGCUUAAGAACUCAAUCAAGACUGGAUAUUUUGGAGAGUGACUAUUAUGAUUCACCAAAUAAAUUGGCGGAAGAAGAACUCUCUGAUGCAUCAGCAAAUAGAAAGAAAAGCAAAAUGUUGAGGAUUGCAAAGAAGAAAUAGAAUAACUCACUACGAAAGAAUGUUAAUCUAAAGAAGAUGCUUAAAAAUACACCUUUGGAGUCUGAGUUCCUAAAUUUCCAGAAUAUAACUCCGAAAGCGAAGCCGCAGUAGACAAAAUAAUGUAGUAUUUGCAGAUCACAAGCCAAGUACACAUGUCCGAGAUGUUUGGAAAGGUAUUGCAGUUUGGAUUGCCAUCAAACUCAUAAAGAGAUACAAUGUUUGCGGAUGGAUUAUUGA